AUGUCUAGCAGGCUGUCCCAGGGGGGCCGGACUGAGGACCUGGAGCGGAGUAGCUGCAAACAGGACUCUCCUGUUAUAGAGCGCAGGAACCGCAGUGGUAUCAUCAGCGCGCCGUUAAACAGGAGCCUUAAGAACUCCCGCACCCUUUCGCAGUACACGGCAGUCUCCUCUGCUACCACCAAUGGACACAAAGACAAUCGUGACGCUAAGAGCCACACGGCCAAGCCUCAAGCACCUCCACUGCCCCAGCCCACUGUCUCGACACUGGCGGCGGCCAAGUUGGACCGGACCCUGGAACAAGUUCUGGAGGGACAGAACGGCUUGCUGCACUUUGCCCAGGCUGCCGCAUUAUUAAAGCGGGCCGGUAUGGAGCACAUGCUUCUGCCAGGGGGGAUGGGAGUGGGAGUUGGCGGCGGAGACGCCGGCUCGGGGGCUAGCGACUUGGAGGGUACGUCUGUCACGGACGCCGUAGGUGGUCCUGUUGACUUCCCAUAUGGAGUAGGGGGCGGUUUCCCCUUCAACCCGGGCCUUUUUAUCAUGACGCCGGCUGGAGUGUUUCUAGCGGACAGCGCGCUGCACAUGGCCGGCCUGACCGAGUACCCGGCGCAGAACGAGCUGGCCUCUGCCAUCAACUCCGGUAAAAAGAAGCGAAAACGUUGUGGCAUGUGUCCACCUUGCCGCCGGCGGAUUAACUGUGAGCAGUGUAGCAGCUGUCGGAAUCGUAAGACGGGGCAUCAGAUCUGCAAGUUUCGAAAAUGUGAGGAGCUGAAGAAGAAGCCUUCUGCUGCUUUGGAGGUCCAUGUGCCAUGUGAGGUGGGGGUAGAGCAGUGUGGGCUGGAGGACAGCGAUGGCCUACAAGCCGUGGAGCUGCGCGCCGCCUCCCCGGGUCUCUCCUCUAUCUGGUCAAUACGGCCACGCAGCUUCUAG